UUACACCACACUGUACUCGGUUCAAGACAAGCUAACGUUACAAGAAGUCGUUUGAAAAUGCUAACUUAAGCUAAAGUUAGCAUCAGAGUUGGCUUGUGGCUAACACUCAUUGGGGUGACAUUUUCAGAGGGAAAAAGCAUAAUGCCAGUCUGACCUCAGAGAAGCACCAUGCUGCCAGCCAAGCUGACCAGUCAGUUAACCCUGAAUGUCCUGAGGAGGAUUCACUAUGGAGUUUCUUACCCCUGCCUGUACUCCUCGUCAAGUGGCCUCCUUCACAUGGACAGAAAAAGGACGAGAGAUGUGAGUCUCCACUCAGACUCCAGUGUGUUGAGAAGAGUGUUUUACAGCCAGAGUGCUAUCCGCCCAUCACGCAGACUACAAGAAACACAGCAAGAUGGGAGAAGAUCAUUCAGUUUAUCUGCUGCUACAAUUGUGAAUUCAGCACCAUCACCUGUCCAGCCAUACCUGCGAUUGAUGAGGCUGGACAAACCUAUUGGAACAUGGCUGCUCUACCUCCCGUGUACAUGGAGCAUAGCUCUGGCUGCCGACCCCGGAUGCCUCCCUCAUCUGGGCAUGCUCACCUUGUUUGGUACAGGAGCUCUGCUGAUGAGAGGAGCGGGCUGCACCAUCAAUGACAUGUGGGAUAGAGACUUUGACAAAAAGGUGUCCAGGACGGCCACUCGACCCAUUGCGUCAGGAGAGGUUUCUCGGCCACAGGCACUAGCCUUCUUAGGAGGGCAGCUCUCUCUGGCACUCGGGGUUCUCUUGUGUCUCAACUAUUACAGCAUCGCAUUGGGUGCAGCUUCAUUAUCUCUUGUUGUCACCUACCCGCUGAUGAAGAGAUUCACUUACUGGCCACAGUUUGUGUUGGGCCUCACUUUCAACUGGGGAGCGCUGCUCGGCUGGUCCGCUAUCAAGGGCUCCUGUGAUUGGUCCGUGUGCCUCCCGCUGUAUUUCUCUGGAGUGAUGUGGACGCUGAUAUAUGACACAAUAUAUGCACAUCAGGAUAAGGAGGACGACGUCAAGGUAGGAGUCAAAUCCACUGCGCUGAGGUUCCAGGAGCAAACCAAACCUUGGCUGAGUGGCUUCACAGUGGCCAUGAUGUCUGGACUGGUACUAGCCGGAGUCAAUGCUGAACAGACUCUGCCUUACUACACUGUACUGUCCGCAGUGGCCAUUCACCUAACACAUCAGAUUUACACAUUGGACAUUAACAAACCAGAGGACUGCUGGAAGAAAUUUGUCUCGAACAGAAACCUUGGACUGUUGUUAUUUUUAGGCAUCGUUGCCGGCAAUCUGUGGAAAGAGAGAAGAGAGACUUUGCUGCAGAAUGAGGAAGAAAUCAGAUAAGUGAGAUAACCAGAACAAAUAGUAUUUUUAUUGUAUUUACAGUACAUCACAUGCAGUGUCACUCAGCAGGGGUGCACAUCACAGGUUUCAUUGCAGCACAAUAUUAUAUCAAUUCUUUGGACAAUGAUAUGUUAUCUGCAGAUAAUCACAUAGUCAGCCGCGGUACAAUUUCAAUUCGAGCCUGCGAUUGAUAUGAAAUGAAAUCAGUAAAUAUCCUGUUGUAUCUUUCUGUGCUGCUUGCCAUUGUCUGCUCGGUGCUGGGCCACUUGCACUAUUUGAAUGUCCAGGAAAAAGGUGUGCUCAGGCAGAUACGGUUACACAAACAUGCUAUGGUAAUUUAAAAAUAAAUAUGGUGACACGU